UUUCAGGAUGACAUUAAUUUUGGUCAAAAGAUACAAAGAUCGAUGUUAGAUCAUAUCAACAUCGGACUUUCAUACUGAUUUGAGUUAAUAUUUAUCAUUUUAUUGCCGAAUUGUGUGAUUUAUAAUUUGAUACUAUCAAAAUGUCAUCAAAUAAAGUAGCUAUAGUUACGGGAUCCAAUAAAGGUCUCGGAUUCUCAAUCGUAAAACAACUUUGUGAAAACUAUAAAGGAAAAGUUUAUUUAACAUCGCGGGACGAAAAUAGGGGAAAAAAGGCGUGUGAAGACAUAAGAAAAUUACUUUUGAAUCCCAUUUCAUUAAGUUUUCAUCAACUAGACGUUACAGAUAAAGAAAGUGUGAAAAUUUUUGUGACAAAUAUCCGUGAUAAUAAUGAAGAAGUCGAAAUACUGGUAAACAACGCUGGCAUUCUAUUUUUAAAAGACGCGCCAGAAUCUAACAUCGUUCAAGCGGAACAAACUGUAGCCGUAAACUUCACCGCAUUGGUAGAUUUCACUGAGGAAAUUCUACCAUUUAUGAAAAGUGGCGGGAAAAUUGUGAACAUCACGAGUUCUUCCGCGCAUCUGUCGAGAAUACCUUCUGAAGAGUUGAGAAAGAGAUUUCUUUCGGAAACUUUGACAUUAGAAGAGUUAAGGAAUUUAGCUAACAGUUAUGUUCAGGAUGUGAAGGAAGGUCGGGAUAUUAGUAACGGAUGGGGGGAAUCACCAUACGUUGUGUCGAAAGCUGCAGUCAAUGCCUACACGUUUUUAUUACAUCAUCGAUUACAGAAGAAAGGAAUAACAGUUAACUGUGUUCACCCUGGGUACGUAAUAUCAGACAUGACUCGGGGCGCCGGGACGAUUUCACCGGACGAUGCAGCGGCCUUGCCGGUCAAACUAGCCCUGAAUCCCUGGGGCGCAGGCCUAUACGUGUGGCAUAAUGGUAACGAAGUGCCCUGGGACGGGCCAGACCCUAGAGUUUAUAUUGAUGGGAGAAAAGCAUAGAACACUUACCAAAGAAAAUCAGGUCAGAUAGAACUAUUCGUUAUACAAUAAAACUUAGCAGUAAUUAAAUAUUGUAUGUAGGCUGAAUUUUAAUUGUUCUACAUCCAUAAAUAUACCUGCUGAUAUCUACUAACAUGUUGAACAUAAUUUCUGGUGUUUUGUAUUGUGUAAAUGAAAAGGUAUGUCAUUAAAAGAGUGAAUGUAUAA